AUGAGAUACGCAUUUGCUCCUCUGGCGCUUGGCCUUGGUGCCAACGCCCUCGUCGCUCGCUCAGACACCCAAUGCUACACGCUCAAAGCAUCUGGCGGCGCCCAAGGUAUCCUCAGCCAACUAGGCGAUGGCCAGAACCGCAUUGGUGACAAACUGCCCACUGGCUGCUACUGCCUAUGCGAUGGCGGAUUUACCGAUUCCAACGGAAGAGGUUGCAUCCUGACACCUCCCACAACCCAAUUCCAAUGCGACGUCGGUGCCUCACCCACAUCCGGCUUCGCAGUAGGAUCCGACGGCAGCGUGACUUACAACGGCUCCACCACCUUCUACGCCUGCCCCGUCAACGACAACGGCGUCUACAACGUCUACUCCAAGCCCGUCGCUGGCCAAACAAAAUGCGUUCAGAUCUCCCUCGCAGCAGCCGGCUCUUGCGGCGCCGGCAGCGCACCUCCUCCAUCCACUCCCACACCCUCUCCUUCCCCCCAACCCACAUCCACCCCGCAGCCCUCCCACCCCUAUGCUCCUCCCGACGUCUGCCCCCUAGACCUCAACGGCGCAUACCAAUACCCUCACCUCAUCGUCCCCAUCAACGCCGACCACCCAGACCAAGCCUACGGCACCCAAUACAACGCCAAAAUCAACUCGCGUACCUGCACCAUCUUCAACUUCGACAUCCCCGCCUCGUACGCCAACAAACAAUGCUCCACCAUCUUCCUCUUCCCCAAAAAAUCCGACCUCGAAACCUCGGACUACACCAUCUCCGGCUCUGGCCACGUCACCGUCUCCCGCCUCUCUGGCCCGGCCUCGCAAUCCACUACAUGGAACAAUAAACCACACGAGAGCGGCGCGAGUAUGUGGUUCGAUCUUGUGCCAGGAAGCUCGUGGUACGUCGAGACGCAGGAUUGUGAUGCGGGACAGACGAUUGCCUACGAAAUGUGUUCUCAAGGCGAUUUCGCGGUCGAGUAUUUUCAGGAUUAUAAUCCUAGUCCCAUUGGGCUGUAUGUUCGGGAGUGUUAG